AUGGUGCGAUGCGACCGCGGGCUGCAGUUGCUGCUGACCACGGCCGGAGCCUUCGCCGCCUUCUCGCUCAUGGCCAUCGCCAUCGGCACCGACUACUGGCUCUACUCCAGCGCGCACAUCUGCAACAGCAGCAACCUGACCAUGGACGACGGGCCCCCGCCCCGCCGCGCCCGUGGCGACCUCACCCACUCGGGGCUGUGGCGGGUGUGCUGCAUCGAAGGGAUCUAUAAAGGGCACUGCUUCCGGAUCAAUCACUUCCCAGAGGACAACGAUUAUGACCAUGACAGCUCGGAGUAUCUCCUUCGCAUUGUGCGUGCCUCCAGCGUCUUCCCCAUCCUCAGCACCAUCCUGCUCCUGCUCGGUGGGCUCUGCAUCGCUGCCGGGAGGUUCUACAGCCGCAAGAACAACAUCGUCCUCAGUGCCGGCAUCCUCUUUGUGGCUGCAGGCCUCAGUAACAUCAUAGGCAUCAUUGUCUACAUUUCCAGCAACACGGGCGACCCAAGCGACAAGCGCGAUGAAGACAAAAAAAACCAUUACAACUACGGCUGGUCUUUCUACUUUGGAGCCCUGUCGUUCAUUGUGGCCGAGACGGUGGGUGUCCUGGCCGUGAACAUUUACAUUGAGAAAAAUAAAGAGUUGAGAUUUAAGACCAAACGGGAGUUCCUUAAGGCUCCCUCUUCGUCCCCCUACGCCAGGAUGCCCAGCUACAGGUACCGGCGACGGCGCUCUCGGUCCAGCUCCAGGUCCACCGACGCCUCGCCCUCCAGGGACGCGUCACCGGUGGGCCUGAAGAUCACAGGGGCCAUCCCCAUGGGCGAGCUGUCCAUGUACACGCUGUCCCGGGAGCCCCUCAAGGUGACAACCGCCGCCAGCUACAGCCCAAGCCAGGAGGCCAGCUUCCUGCAGGUGCACGACUUCUUCCAGCAGGACCUGAAGGAAGGCUUGCACGUCAGCAUGUUGAACCGGCGGACCACCCCCGUGUGAGCACCCCUUUCUUAGCACCAGCCUCUCCCCAAAACGGCUGUUUGGUUCCCACAUGAGGGCACCAAACCCUUCAGAUAGACCGGCCAUGGACUGCAACCAAACCCAACCCUCCCUGGUCUCUAGCUGUGUUGUGGGCUGGCUUGGCACAAAGCGUCAGGAGACUGGAAUCAG